AUGAGCAAGAUGUGGGAGGUCGAUCCCGAGACCAGGAGCAAGCUCCUGGAGAUCCAGAAGGAAAACGGCAACAACUCGUGCGUCGACUGCAACGCGCCGAGCCCCCAAUGGGCCUCGCCCAAGUUCGGCAUCUUCAUGUGCCUGAACUGCUCGGGCAUCCACCGCGGCCUGGGCGUGCAUAUUUCGUUCAUCCGCAGCAUCACCAUGGACGCGUUCAAGGGCGCGGAGCUCACGCGGAUGAAGAACGGGGGCAACAAGCCGUGGCAAGACUUUUUCAACGCGCACAGCAGCAACCAGCUGGAAGGGCGCACGUUUGACGACUGCACCAUCAACGAGCGCUACGACAGCGAGGCGGGCGACGAGUGGAAGGAGCGGCUGACGGCCAAGGUCGAGGGCAAGGAAUACGUGCCGGGCCCGAAGACGGAGCGGCGCGCGGCGCCGGCGAAGAAGGAGCCCGCGCUGGGCGGGACGCGCAUGCCGGGCAGUGGGCCGAGCAGCCGCGCGCAGACGCCGCUGUCGCCCGACCGCUUCGAGAGCGUGCCCGGCCGCGCCGCGUCGCCCAGCUUGGGCACUGCCUCGCUCACCAAAAAGGCCCAGAACGAGGCCUACUUUGCGCGCAUGGGCGCCGAGAACGCCAACCGCUCCGCCGACCUGCCCCCAAACCAGGGCGGCAAGUACGCCGGCUUCGGCAGCGACCCUACCCCCGCUGCUGGCAGCUCGGCCGCUGGCCCUGGCAUCCCUGGCAUCGACGACUUCCAGAAAGACCCCGUUGCCGCGCUGACGCGUGGCUUUGGCUGGUUCAGCACCACGGUGCAGAAGACGGCCAAGACGGGGUAUGACGGCUGGGUGAAGCCGGGCAUGGAGAAGAUCGCAGAAGCAGACCUAGCAACGCAAGCGCGCAUGACAGCGCUCAACCUCGGGCAACAAGUGCAGACGAACUCGCGCUCCGCGGCCGACGCCUUCAACCGCUUCGUCGAAGGAAACGACACGCUAGCGCCCCAAAACGGCAACGGCAACGGCAACGGCAGUGGCGGCAGCGUGCGGGGUGGAAGCGGCGCGGGGGGCCCGGCGCCCGAGCGCCGCGACUUCUGGGAGUCGUUUGGCGCGGCGCCCAAGGGGCCCAGUGCCGAGAAGAAGAGCUUCUGGGAUGAGUUUGCAGCGGUGGGCGAGGAGAGGGCCGCGGCUGCGAAGCCCAGGACUAGUACGUCGAGUGUGGGGACGGCGGCGAUGAAGAAGGGCGGUGGCAGUGGGGACGGGAGCGCGGCUAAGAAGGAUGAUGAUGGGUGGGGGGAUUGGUGA